AAUCGGAAGUCGAACGUUUCUCACACGAACUGUGGAGUUGUUGCACAUGGGCCCGCUCCGCUGCCAGAUACUAAGAAACAUUUGCGGCUGUGUUUAUGGAUUUCACCAACUGGGACCGUAAUAACACUUUUAACAUAACUUUGGUGUUGCUCCCUCAGAAGUGCGCCACUUUGCAGUGACAUGGUAAUAUUUUUUGAAUGGCACCUGACAGCCGUGGACCAGAAGAGCAGCGGUGGUUUGCCAAUGACUGGUGAAGACACUGAUUUGGGGGCUUUGGCCUCACCACUGGUGGGGUAUUUGGGAAAAGUCAGUAGAGCUCUUGCUUUCCUCGCACUGUUGUCACUUGCGCAAAGCUGAAUUACAUUUGACAAAAUACUGUGACUGGACAGUACCAAUUCAAACCAGAAAAAAACAAAUCACAAAUGGAAAUCUUUGGUAAAAGGCGAAAGUUCUCUGCAGGGCUUGAAGCCAUGCUUCUCAUACAAGUUAUAUAAAAGAAAAAUGGUUGUUGGUUUCUUUUUGUUUUGUACAUUUUGUACACAUUUGAUAUUUGAAAAACUGCAAAUUGAAAUCUGAGUCAACAGACAAAAAACAAAGUAACAUUACCAUUCAGUUAAAUCAAGAGUAUGAACCUCUUGUGUAAUCAAACAAAAUCUUGCUAAUAUGCCAAUUAAUGUUUACAAGUGAUUAUUUGAGUAUUAUUGGAAGAACAAAAUAAUGAAAGUUGCGGUGACUGAGAAAUGAAAAGAAGCAGCGGGCAGUUCGAGUUGGUUUGUAUAAUAUUUUAAUAUCAUUAAGACUGAUUUAUGGACAGAAUAUGGCAUUUGUGAACAUCAUCAUUUCAAGGUUUGGGAGAAAACAAAUGACAUAUUCUGGUCCAAACAACUGAUUGAUCUGUAAUAAUUUUCACACUAAAAGUAUGAAAGAAAUGCUAGUUUGUUUGUAGAUGUUAGACUUGUCUAAUGUGGGAUUUUUGCCUUUUUUUAAGGUUCAGGAAAGAGCUGCGUCACUCGAGAAUUGUCCCUGGUGUUCCUCAAAGGGCCUAACCUAUCCUCUGCGCUCUUACCACAUCACCCUCCAGGAGUCGGUCACUCUCUGCACAAACCCUCAGUGCCUUUUCCCUCUGGUAAGCCGCUCCUUGGAGGAUGUUUUGGCUAGCUUGGAUCCUGUGGUGCCCACAGUUGGGAACAAAAGAAAAAAUACUCUGCCACUGGAAGAGUUGAUUAAAUGCUCACCAAAACGUCUGCGAUCGUGUGAUGAACUUGACAGUUUUGGGACACAGAGUGUUGCUGGAAACACUGUCACCAGUGGCCAACGUGUGGCACCUGAGGCAGAAGAUGGUGAAAAGGUGAACAGACAUGAAGGUGGUUUUGAUUGUCGAUCGGCAGAGACAACAGGCGGGGAGGCAUUACCAGAGGAGGACAUUCUGGUGGAGGAAACGGACGAAGCUGCGUGUGCAGACGGUAUUACUCCUUCUGCAUGCUCAGCCUCAACUGGACACCAACAGCACUCAUCAGCAGCUUUGUUGACUGCUGAUGGGGCUGAGCCUUCACUUUCUGAUCACCGCGUUGCUCUCGGUAUGAUGGACACAGAGGAUGACUCCAGGCAGCCGAAGAUUCAUCCGGAGUUACUGAAAGGACAGACCAUCUUCACAGGUGACCACACAUAUUCAACAGCAACGAAUAGUCCAUCACCUCAGCUCACUGAGCAGACCGCAAGGACAGAUGAGAAAUUGCAGACGGCAGACAUAACCGCAUGUAACGGCCUAGCAGGCAGUAAGUCUGGGGAUUUUCUUCAUACCUCCAAAAUGCUCCCAGAGGAGCUUGUGCCUGUUCCAGAUCAUCUUUUCUGGUGGAACAGGGACAACCUAUGUUGGCUGGAUUCACUGCUUGUUGCUUUGGUAAACUGUAAGAGCUUGAAAAAGGCUAAACCCAAAGACAAGCCUCAGCAAUCGUCUGUCUGGCAGCUGAUGAACGUUUAUGAGGAUGUCUGGGCUGCCAUUCGAGACCAUCAGCAAACUGGUCAGGACGGUGUGGUGUGGGUGCCAAACCAUGUGCUGCAAAAAGCCCGUGCAGACCUACAGAGUCUUAGGAUUUCCGUCUUCGAACAACUGCAGCCCAAGCUUCACUGCAAACUGGGCCAGAAGGAGACUCCAGUGUUUGCCAUGCCACUACUGCUCAAUAUGGACUCCUGGGCGGAGCCUCUCUUCCAGUCAACCUUUCAGUGGGACUUCAAGUGCAGUGAGUGCAGAGCUGCUACAAAUGAGAGGUUCGCGAAAACUCUUCCCACCUUCACAAACCUCGUCCCCGAUUGGCGUCCACUCCAUGCAGUUCAUCUGGCCCCGUGCAAUGUGUGCGGCAGGAAGAAGCAGAAGAGGACUAUGAUGCUGGAGAGUAUGCCUCCAGUGUUCAUGCUGCACUUUGUUGAGGGGCUUCCUGACAAUGACGUUGGACUCUACACCUUUGACUUCAAAGGGGAACGCUACUCGAUCACCACUGUCAUACAGUACAACCUUCGGCUCAAGCACUUUGUCACCUGGGUUCGUCAUUCUGACGGGUCGUGGCUGGAAUAUGAUGAUUUGAAACAUCCAGAAUGUAAGAGGCAUCAGAAACUCUCGGUUCCUGCCGGAGAGAUGCACAUCGUUUUUUGGGAGACGUCCGAGGAGGCCAGAGAGUCUCGCGUCUGUUCUCCCUCCAGCACAUUCUCGGACUCUCCCCCGUCCAACAAUGUGACAAACUCCACUUUAUCUUGUGGUCUCACUGACAAACAUGUAGCCGCAGACGAACCGGUGGCGUGCUCUCCGGAUCAGUCUUUUGUCCUGUCGCACAAUGACUCUGACAUUGCCCGUGCACUCUCAGUAUCUGAAGAUGGCAUCAACAACUUGGACACCACCUUCCCCGCCGAUACGUCCAUCGGCUCCUCAACGCUGCUCGACACCUUCGAGGGCCUCAGCCACGAUGACAUCAUCACACUCACGCUGGUGGAGUUGAAACCGGAUUUGGAGACAACGGCCGUCGAAGGCAAAGAACAAACUCAGGGUUUGACUCAUCCCAGAACGUGUGAAAUGCUUGGCACGACACCAGAUAGCUCCUCCACUGUCGCAGGUAGUGAAACGCGUCACAGUCCUGAUGCGGAUCCUCCCACUACCCUCUCUUCUGACCCUGAAUCUGGGGAUGGCUCAACCAGUGAUCCAACAUUUGAGCCUUGUACCAGGCGAGGUAGGGGUAGAGGUAGAGGUAGGGGCAGAGGUAGAGGUAGAGGAAAUGGCCGAGGCAAAGCUAUUGGUACACGAAAGGAUAACAAAGAAGUCUCAUCUCACGCAGCUUCACAUAUUUCACCACCAGUGAAUUCUGAGCCCAUAGAAAUAACUGCUAACAAACUCUCAGGGUCUGCUGCUCCAGUAAACACUCCACCUGUUGAAAGCUCACUCCAAAUGCCCUCCAUGUUGGUUUCUACUGACACUUCACCAGUGUCCACUGAUCAGAAAUGUCCACCAACCAUAGAUCAGAACGCCCGCUGGUCUUUCAUGCUCAGCGAGCGGCUGCUAAACCACGUUCAGAACCCUGUGACGACACCCAGCCCCAUGCUCACACCCAUGCCGGUCACAAAAGUAAAGCCCACGCCAACCAUUCACUCUAUCCCCAACCCUGUGUGGGCAAAGCAGAUUCCUGAAGGACCAAAACCACAGCUCAGGACAGAGCAGAGGGACGGUCUCCCACUGAAAGCUGCGGAAAUGUAUGGCGCGUUCAGUGCCAGGACCUCGCACUCGCCAAGUUCUCUACCUUCGCCUGCUGCCCUUCCCUGUGUCAGAUCGAUGCCGAUUCAACCCAUAACCCCUCGCAACCAAAAAUCACUAACAAACACAGCAGCAAUGUCCAGUGCAUUAUUUACUCCGCCUAAAGCAAACCGUAACCCUGAAAUCUCCUCCUUAAAGAAACUCUCUUCAAAGAUUCCCCCAGGUCUCAGUGAAACUGAAGUCCUCAGGUACAAGCUGUUAAAGAAACUGAAAGCAAAGAGGAAGAAGCUCGCCAAGCUCAAUGGACUCUUGGGUCAUCAGGGGGGCGCGAGCCCCUGGCCUGACAGCACUGACCUGAGUUCUCCACACACGGUUACCUCCAGCACCUACGACGGCUCCACCUGCGACAGCAUCCUCUCGGAUCUGCUCUCACCGGCAACCACGGCGAGCAACCGGUCACCAGACAGCACCGACUACAUGGAAAUGCUCGUCAAAGGACAAGAUGUAGGCAGCCAGUUGGACUGUGGGGUUAGCGGCGUCAGCGGCGCGUUCCAAACAGACACUUGUACGAAUGGAAACGGCGCAGAGAACUUUAUGGACGAGUUUCUGAUGCAGGCUAUGGCUCACAAGCCCACAGAGAUGGAGAGUGAUGCUCUGAGUGCACUUGAACUUUUCAUUUAAAAAUAAAUAUGAAUGUGAUUUUCUGUAAACUACAGUUAAUUUAACAAGCUUCACCUCAUUAGAAUGGGUUCUUUAUAGCUGGUUCCAUUUAGGAUCCAUUACAUUUUGGGAUCAGGAUACAGGAUUUGUUCAAAUUAGCAGUCUUGAUGAGUUGAAUGAUCAGGUGAUGGUAAAUAGAAAGUUGUGUCUUGACUUAAAUAAUGAGAGUACAACCACAGUAAGUACUUUUUACUUUGAUGAGACAAAUUCAGUUCUGGGAAAAUGCUACUAAACCUAAACCAUUGUUAUGCACUGUGAUGUCAGUUUGAGUUUAAUGAGUAGGGGAGGUGAGGAUAAUUUAUUGAGGUCAACAUGUUGAGGGUGUGUUUGUAAAACUUGCACAUGUUUAAAUGUGUUCUGGACAGUUGGCACGUUUGUGUUUGUGUGUGGUUGUAUGAUGGCAUCGUGUUUAUAGCCAGAGCUGUUUGUUUGCUCUGUUUAAUUAUAUUUUGAUAAAAUA